ACGCGUUGCUCUGAACAGACAAAAUGGCGUCGGAUCUCGGCUCCGAAGCUCAAGAUGAAAAAGCUGCUCUCAUACAAAAGAACCCGGACCGAGACGGUCAUCAACAGAGUGUUAGAGUUGGCAACAAACAAGAAAACAACCUGAAGCUUUAUCACUGGACGCAGAGUUUUAACUCCCAGAAGGUUCGUCUGGCCGUGGCAGAGAAGGGUUUGCGUUGUGAGGAGUACGAUGUGAGCCUUCCUCUCAGCGAGCACAACGAGCCGUGGUUCAUGAGGCUGAAUCCUGCAGGCGAGGUGCCCGUCCUGGUCCACAACAACAGCGUCCUCUGCGACCUGACACAGAUAAUGGACUAUCUGGAGGAGAACUUUAAGGGCGAGAGCGUUCCCAGACUGGUUCCUGAAGCAGGAAGCAGAUUUUAUAUCAGAGUGCAGCACUACAGAGAGCUGCUGGACUCACUACCGAUGGACGCCUACACACACGGCUGCAUCCUUCAUCCUGAGAUCACCGUGGACUCCUACAUACCUGCAUAUGCUGCCACGUCCAUACGAACACAGAUUGGAAACACGCAGACUGAGCUGGAGAAGCUGGCUGAGCAGAACCCAGAGCUGAAAGAUGCUUAUGAAGCCAAACAGAGGCGCUUAAAGUCAAAGUUGUUUGAGCACGACAACAUGAAGUACCUGAAGAAGCUUCUGGACGAACUGGAAGGUGUGAUGGACCAGGUGGAGACAGAGUUACAGAGGAGGGUGGAGGAGACGCCAGAAGAAGGCAGCCCAUCCUGGCUUUGCGGGGACUUCUUCAGCAUGGCCGACAUCUCUCUGGCCGUCACGCUGCACCGCCUGAAGUUCCUCGGCCUCUCCCAUCGCUACUGGGGCAACGGCCUCCGAGUCAACGUGAAGACGUACUAUGAGCGGGUGGUGGAACGGUCGGCCUUCAGGAAAGUUCUGGGCCACGUCAACAACAUCCUGAUCUCUGCCGUCCUUCCCGUGGCCUUUCGAGUGGCUAGAAAGAACGCGCCGGUUCUAGUCGGUGCGACGCUGCUGAUCGGGAUCCUCGGAGGAGCUACGUACUUCACGUUCCUCUGCGUGAAGAAGAGACUGUCUUCUGUCAGCUGAGGCACAAUGGGGUGACUUAAGACAACAUUAAAGUAUUUAAAGAGAUCAAUUAACUACAUUCACAAUAUUUAACGGAACAAACUUUAAUUUUGCAGAGCGUUGCUCACAAAGGAUUUAUUCAUCCUCGCAGAAUGCUUGUUCAGGAAAACCAUGACUUAUAUAGACGAGUAUGGGAUGUUUAGCCUUUUUUCCUGUUAUGUCAACUAUGUAUAUAGAUUAUAUUCACAUGUGCUUUCUUUGUAGGAGGUUUGAUAGAAUGCCAUCUCACAAUGUAUACAUAAAGACAUGUGACCUGAACCAAAAAAUAAAGACAUACUGUAAUUCUCAUCAUGGCUGCACCUGAACGCACCAUUCCUGUUAGAGCACAGUAGUCUGGACAUGCAGUGAUAAUAAAACAGUGACAUGGAGUAAAACAGCACAAAGAUUAAAAAUAUAUCCGUUGAACAAAUUAAACCAGCAGAACCCCAAACAUGAGGUCAGACGUCUCGAUUUGUCUAAGAGUCUGAAAGGUUUGGCAUAUCGUGUGCUUGCUUCUUGUUAUGACUGCAAAGAUGUUUUCAGAGUAAUAAAAUGUA